GGCAGUGGCACGUAGUGGUUGAAAGUACAAAAUUAUUUAAUUAAUUUUGUUACAAAUAAAAUGCUGGGAGUAUAUUUAGACGUGUUGGAAGCUUCCCACGAGGCCGAUGUGGCUGAAGCGCGAGCAUCCAGCCGUAGAGCUAAUGCAGCUCUACGGCAAGAAAUUUUAAAUGUGUCGGAAGCACAAUUCCGAAAGAGAUAUCGACUCUCUACAGACCAAUAUUCUAAAUUGGUCACCGAAAUAGAACCCUAUAUUUCCACCCCUUUACGGACAGAUGGGCUCGAUGUGGAGACAAAGAUUUUAAUAGCCUUGUCAUUUUACGCGACUGGCUCGUACCAGACCCCAGUGGGAGACAGCAAAUUUCACCCUGCAUCCCAAGCCAGCGUCAGCAAGGCCCUCGAGGAGGUGACAGUGGCACUAAAUAGGCCUGAAAUAUUUCACAAAUAUGUGAAAUUUCCAUUAAGUCGCCAUGAGAGGGAGAAAGUGAAAAGAAAAUUUUAUAGAUCUACAAGACUGCCCGGGGUUCUAGGCUGUGUGGAUGGAACCCAUGUGGCAAUUGUGACACCCCACGAACACGAGGAGCGGUAUUUUAACAGGAAGGGGUAUCAUUCUCUAAAUGUUUUGAUAUUAUGUGACGCUGAUCUGAUGAUCAUGAGUGUAGACCCGAGUUACCCAGGGGCUACACAUGAUAGCAAAAUUUGGGAAAACCACCCAUUAAAAGGUUUAAUGGAAAGAUUAUAUGAGGAGGAAGAAGACAUUUACUUUUUAGGAGAUUCUGGGUAUCCUCUCAGGGCCACUCUGAUGACACCCAUUGAGAACGCCUUGCCAGGGUCUCCAGAAGCUCACUACACCAGUCUUCAUGUGUCUGGACGCUGUUGUGUUGAGCGAUGCAUAGGAGUGUUAAAGGCUCGCUUUAGAUGUCUUCUGGCUGACCGCCGGCUUCAUUACUCGCCGGAGAAAGCAGCGAGAAUAACCAACGCCUGCUGCGUACUCCAUAACAUCGCCCACGCUGGCGGCAUCGAGUACGAGCCACUGACCGAGGAGGAGGCACGCCGCGAGCGCCAGCUCACCGAGGGCGCGUCGCCCCGCGCCCCGCCCGCGCCGGAGGACCCGGCGUCUGUCGCGCGCGCCGUGCGUGCCGGUCGUGAGCGCCGUCAUCGUCUAGUCAACCAGCUGUGGCGCCAAAGACAUAUUCUUCCACGCUAG